AAAACAAUGAUUUCAAUGAUUUUCUCUUUAAAAUGAAAUGAAGUAAUCAAAACUCCAUUGCUUCAACUUGCAACACAAAUUACUACUUAAUAUCUUUAAAUUUGUUGUUUAUUAUAGCCUCUGGUGGUGCAUUACAUUGCAGUUGGAGUUUGAUAAUGGAGUUUGCUAUGACAUUUGAUGAAGUUUCCAUGGAGACUAGCAAGAGCUUUGUCUUUGCCCUUCAGGAACUUAAGAACUUGAGGCCUCAACUCUAUUCUGCUGCAGAUUACUGUGAAAAAUCUUAUCUCAAUAGUCAUCACAAAGAAAUGGUACUUGACAACCUAAAAGAUUAUGCUGCAAGCGCCAUUGUAAAUGCUGUUGAUCAUCUUGGGACUGUGGCUUACAAGUUAACUGACCUUCUUGAGCAGCAAGCAUUGGAUGUCUCAGCCAUGGAUUUGAAGAUCUCUACUCUAAACCAGAGACUUCUUACAUGCCAAGUAUACACAAAUAAUGAGGGUAUUCGGCAACAGCAGUUGUUGGCUAUUAUUCCUCGACAUCACAAGCACUACAUUUUGCCAAAUUCGGUCAAUAAAAAGGUACAUUUCCGUGCAUACAAACAAACUGAUGCAAAACAAAAUUCAUUUAAAAGCAGAACUCGUCCCCAACCUUCAGGUACCCCUGUUUCAAAAACUCUUUCAUGGCAUCUAGCAUCAGAAACUAAGUCAACCUUAAAAAGACGAAGUUCACAUGCUUCAAAAAAAAUCAAGGACCCCAAAUUUUCUACCAAGACCACUGGAGUUUUCCACCUUAUAGAUAAUGAAGAGGUUCCACAGUUGAAACCCUCUGAACCAAAUAACUACGUACAAAAUGGAGUUCCUACUUCUAGUGCGGCCAACCAAUCUCUCGGUGUCACAAGGGAUACAUUAGAGGGUUUCAGACCAUUGAAAAAAUUUGGGUCCUUUGACAAUCAAAACCUGCAUGAGACUGUCCAUGUUCCUAGUCGCAGCAAAAGUGUGCUAUCAAGUCUUUUUGUGAAGCAAAGAUCUGCAAAAUUGAGAGCUGGUUCUGUCUCAUAAGUACCUAUCUGAUUUGUAAAGAUAUCACCUUAUAUUUUGACAGAAAAAGAGUUAAGAAAACACGUCAAUCAAUCCAAUUGCAUUGUGCUCUUUCAUCUGACUAUGCCUUAAAAUAAUGACAGUGUAUGCAUUCUGCUCAAAUAUUGACAAAAACUAAUAAAUAUGCGUUUGCCGGGAGUCGAACCCGGGUCUAUUGCUUGGAAGGCAAUUAUCCUAACCGUUGGACUACAAACGCUGCUUGUUGUUGGUCGAUUUUCCUAUGUAAAUAUUAUAAUAUUAAUUUUUGUA